AAGUUGGGCGCCAUUGAUAUGUCGGACACUGGUCUCAAGACACAGGAAUUCAGACUCAAUGGCAACCAAUUGAAACAAAUGGCCGACCGAUGCCCAAUGCAAACCCAGAAACCAAUGUUCACUAUAAGGGAAGGCCGUCGAGAGGACUGCCAACAAAUUGCACUAUUGUUGGCAGAGUUGGCCGCAUAUCAGAGACAAUCACCGGAUCAAGUGGUCGGACACAAGCAAUUAGAAGUGGACGGAUUCAGUGACCCAACGGACAUACAGUUCCGCACAUUUGUCGCACAUCUCGACGACAACGACAAACAACUCAUAGGUUUGGCCUUAUAUUACCCGAAGUACGCGGCAUCGACUGCGAGGGGAGUCUGGAUGGAACACCUGUAUGUCAAGCAAGAAUACCGGGGCACAGGUGUGGAAGUGGCGCUUAUGGCACGGGUGGCUAAACAAGCCAUAACGACUGCCUGCACACGUUUCGAGUGGGAC